CCACGUGGGCGGAGUCAGAGUUAAAGGCUGCCGGAACCUAGCGCCGGAAGUGCGCGCAGCACCCCUGCUUGGAGGCGGGACAGGAAGUGUUCCUGAGGCGGAAGUUUCGCGGGGAACCUUUUGCCUUUAGGACACUUCCUGUUUCCUAGUAACAAUAGGAAGUGUCCGCGGAGCUGGGGCCAGACCCCGAGCUCUUAGCCGCUGUACUUUCUUUCCCCUUAUUUCCUUCCUCUUCUCCCUUAUUCUUUCAGUCUUAUCCUCCCCAGUGGCCUUCCUGGAACUCUGGAUGAGUGUGCGUGUGUGGGAGCGCGAGAAGCCUCCACAACCACUCCUUGGGGCGCGCGGCUGCAGUUAGGGCCCUUACACCAGAGGAAGAUGGUACUGCUACCCGUCUGCUCCUGAAUCUCCAGAUUUCUGUCAUACAUUGCCUCAUGGAGGAUACACCCCUCUCAUUCAGUUGCUCUGACUGUCAGCGCCACUUUCCCAGUCUCCCAGAACUUUCACGGCACCGAGAACUGCUCCAUCCAUCUCCCACUCAGGAUAGUGAGGAGGCUAUCCCUCGGCCCUACCGCUGUCAGCAGUGUGGGCGAGGAUACCGUCAUCCAGGGAGCCUGGUCAACCACCGUCGGACCCACGAGACUGGACUUUUCCCCUGUGCUACCUGUGGCAAGGACUUUACCAAUCCCAUGGCCCUCAAGAGCCACAUGAGGACACAUGCUCCUGAAGGCCGCCGUAGGCGGAGGCCCCCUAACACCAAGGAAGCCAUUCCAUAUCUCCAGAGUGAGACAGUGUCUACUGACUCUUGGGGCCAGAGGUUUGGUCCUGGAGAAGGGUGGGAAAACCAAACAAAACAUACAAAAGAGAUACAUGAUUGUGAGUCUGGACCUGACCCCAGGACAACUCCAGGCACUUUGGAAGAUAUAACCACCAAACAAAGAGAAGGCUGGGAAAGCCAGCCAAAUCCUGAGGAGGGCACAGAGGGCUGGAGUCCUACCACUCCCUCUGCCAAAGCCCCACCUCUUCCCACUCCAGCAAGCAGCCUCCUUAGCAAUUUGGAACAGUAUUUGGCUGAAUCAGUAGUGAACUUUACAGGGGGCCAGGAGCCUACUCAGUCUCCUGCUGAGGAAGAGCGGCGGUAUAAAUGCAGUCAAUGUGGCAAGACCUAUAAGCAUGCUGGGAGCCUCACUAACCACCGUCAGAGCCAUACUCUGGGCGUUUACCCUUGUGCCAUCUGCUUUAAGGAAUUUUCUAACCUCAUGGCUCUGAAGAACCACUCCCGACUCCAUGCCCAGUAUCGGCCUUACCACUGCCCCCACUGCCCUCGUGCUUUCCGGCUUCCCCGGGAGCUACUGGAACACCAGCAGUCCCAUGAUGUUGAAAGGCAGGAACAGCCCUGGGAAGACAAUGGGUUGCCCACCACCAACGGGCACACAAAUGAGAGUGCCCAGGACCAGAUACCUACUACACAAGUGCUGAAUGGCUUGGAGCUCAGCAUGUCUGGGGAGCUCGAAGAUAGUGGCCUGGAGGAGUACCGGCCUUUCCGCUGUGGAGAUUGUGGCCGUACUUACCGCCAUGCUGGCAGCCUCAUCAACCAUCGAAAGAGCCACCAGACUGGUGUCUAUCCAUGUUCAAUCUGUUCCAAGCAGCUGUUCAAUGCAGCGGCCCUGAAAAACCAUGUGAGGGCUCAUCACAGACCGCGGCAAGGAGCUGGGGAUGAUGGGCAGUCAUCAGUGGCACCAACUGCCCUGCUGUUAGCUGAUGCCACUCACAAAGAGGAAGAAGGCUCCACCACUACCCUAGACUAUCGCCCAUAUAAAUGCAAUGAAUGUGGCCGGGCUUACCGCCACCGGGGGAGCCUGGUUAACCACCGCCACAGCCAUCGCACAGGAGAAUACCAGUGUUCACUCUGUCCCCGCAAGUACCCCAACCUUAUGGCCCUGCGCAACCAUGUCAGAGUACAUUGCAAGGCUGCUCGAAGAAGUACAGACCCAGGAACCAAGGGUCCUCCCAGCCACCUCAAGGUGCUGCCUAACUCAGUGGGAGCAGAGCCAACCCCACACACAGGUGAGGGACAUAUGUGCAGAAGUGAAGGAGGGACUGUCGGUAUCCCAACAGCAGAUAAAACAUCACCACUAAUAUGUAGUAUCUGUGGGAUGCUUUUUGAAGAUUGUGAGAGCCUUGAACAACAUGGCCUGACCCAUAGGGAAGGGGAAAAUAAUAGGACAGAGACCACAGUGUCACCUCCUAGGGCAUUUGCCUGCAGAGACUGUGGCAAGAGCUACCGACACUCAGGCAGCCUUAUUAACCACAAGCAGACCCAUCAGACAGGAGACUUCAGUUGUGAGGCUUGUGCCAAACACUUCCACACCAUGGCUGCCAUGAAGAGCCAUUUGCGACGCCACAGUCGACGGCAGAGCAGGCGUCAUCGGAAACGGGCUAGCAGUGAGGCAGAAGCCAAGUUCCCGCUAGAGGGGCCUUGGGCUCAUGAAGUUGAAGACAGCGUUGGCCUGGAUUCUUCCCAAAACACUUUAAGGAAAAGUCCUUGUGAAACUAAAGACAACUUGGAAAAUGAUGGACACUGUUUGCAAGCUCAGUCUGAAGGUGACCAUUGUGGGCUUGAGAGGGAUGAGGCCUGUUUCCAGAGUGAUAAAGAGAGGAGAAGCACUGAAGACGGACUGGAAAGGAAGGAGACCUGUUUCCUUGACAAUUUAGACAUCCCAGGUGAUGAGGAAGCUAGUGGGACUCGCUUCUCUGAUAACCUCCCUGGGGUAAAUGAAAACCAGAAAACCACUGGUGAGCCUGACUCAUCUUCCCACUGUGCUGAAACUGUUACCAGCUGGCAGACUGAGGUCACUCACAAAUGUUCUGACUGUGGGCAUUCUUUCCCUCAUGCCUCUGGACUGCUGAGCCACAGGCCCUGCCACCCACCAGGCAUCUAUCAAUGUUCCCUCUGCCCAAAGGAGUUUGACUCUCUGCCUGGCCUGCGCAGUCACUUCCAGGACCAUGGGCCAGGGGAGGCAGCCUCAGCACAGCCCUUCCUCUGUUGCCUCUGUGGUAUGAUCUUUCCUGGGCGGGCUGGCUACAGGCUUCACUGGCGCCAGGUUCACAGCUCCUCUGACAUGACUGAGGGUUCAGAGGAGGAUGGAGAAGAGGAAGGAGGAACAGAGGUGGCCUCUACUCGUAGCCCUCCACUGCAGCUCUCAGAAGCAGAGCUGCUGAAUCAGCUGCAGCGGGAGGUAGAAGCACUGGAUGGAGCAGGUUAUGGGCAUAUCUGUGGCUGCUGUGGUCAGACCUAUGAUGAUCUGGGGAGCCUGGAGCGUCACCACCAAAGUAAAAAUUUGGAGAAUACCAUAGACAAGGCUCCAAGUCAUUUAGAAGCAUUAGGUGAUGUCACAGAGAUAGCUGCAGACAGUGUCCUUGAGGACACAGUGCCUUCUAUCUCUGGAGAGGGUGAAGACACAAAGUCAGAAGAGGGAGUGAAUGAUACAGUUGUAGACAGCCUUGGCAUGCAGGUUGGUGAAAGUUUUCUAGAAGUUCACCCUCGUCCCUUCCGUUGCAACCAGUGUGGUAAGACCUAUCGCCAUGGGGGAAGCCUGGUGAAUCACCGCAAGAUCCACCAAACUGGAGAUUUCAUUUGUCCUGUCUGCUUCCGCUGCUAUCCCAACCUGGCUGCCUACCGUAACCAUCUGCGGAACCACCCUCGCUGCAAAGGCUCUGAACCCCAAGUGCGACCCAUCCCAGACAUCGGGUUCAGUAGUGAGCCCCAGAGUGUGGCAGAGAGAGAGCCAGAGCCGGCAGAGAGAGAGUCAGAGCCAGCAGAAAUGGGAAAGCUGCAAGAAGAACUUAAAGAGGAGCCCCUGGAGGAUGUGGCAAGGGUGAAAGAAGAGGAGUGGGAGGACACCCCUAUGAAAGGGGAGGAGGUAGAGUCUAUGUUGGAGACAGCAGAGAAGGGCUGUCAGACUGAGACCAGUUCUGAGCGGCCUUUUAGCUGUGAGGUGUGUGGCCGCUCAUACAAGCAUGCUGGCAGCCUCAUCAAUCACCGGCAGAGCCAUCAGACUGGCCACUUUGGCUGCCAGGCCUGCUCCAAGGGCUUCUCAAACCUCAUGUCCCUUAAGAACCACCGACGCAUCCAUGCAGACCCUCGGCGUUUCCGCUGCAGUGAAUGUGGGAAAGCCUUUCGCCUGCGGAAGCAACUGGCCAGUCACCAGCGGGUUCACAUCGAGCGGCGUGGCAGUGGGGGGACCAGAAAGCUGAUUCGGGAAGAUCGACCCUUCCGGUGUGGACAGUGCGGUCGGACCUAUCGUCAUGCUGGCAGCCUCCUGAACCACCGGCGCAGCCACGAGACAGGCCAGUAUAGCUGCCCUUCUUGCCCCAAAACCUACUCCAACCGUAUGGCCCUGAAGGACCAUCAGAGACUACAUUCUGAGAGUCGGUGGAGGCGGGCAGGGCGGUCCCGGAGGGCAGCUGUGCGCUGUGCUCUCUGUGGCCGUGGCUUUCCUGGGCGGGGAUCUCUAGAGCGGCACCUGCGGGAGCAUGAAGAAGAGACCAAAGGGGAGCUGGCCAGUGGCCAGGGAAGCCCAAAUGGCAUAGAGCGCAGUGAGGGGAACUUGGCUAACAACCAGGGACUGGAGGGUAGAUCAGGGGGUACUGAGUCUGUACCUCAGCUAGAGGAUGAAGCCCUGAGGCCAGAAGAGCAUACUCAAAAUCCAAGGGGGACAGCAGAUUCAGAAGCCACAGAUGCACUGUCCUGGGGCAUGGGAAAAGAGGGUGAGUGGCAAGGAGAGAAGACAUUGGCAAAUCACAAUGGAAGUUGGGUUCCUCAGGGUCAGAUAUUGACCAAGCCAGAAGACCAGCCAGAGAACAGUGUCUCCAGGAAUCCUUGUCACCUUGCUGACAGUCAGUCCAAUGGACCUAGUCUAAGUCACAUGGACAGCUGGGAUAAUGGAGAUGGCUGCUCUCAGCUCCAGCCAGAGAGCCACUCCUAUUCCUGCUGUCAGUGUGGCAAGACCUAUAGCCAAUCAGAUGGCUUCUUGAACCAUAACACCCACAAGACAGACCUCCACUAUUGCCUGCUCUGCUCUGAGGAGUUCUUAAAUCCCAUGGCCACUAAGAAUCACAGCCGUAACCAUAUAGCUGCACAGGCUUUUUCCUGCCCUGACUGUGGCAUAGCUUUUGAGUCCUACCAUGAAUUGAACACUCACUUGCAUACUCAUGCCACGGGUCACAGUCAACUGCCAAAUCAGAUAGAAGAGGCUGGAACUGUAGAGGACAAAGUGGAUCUCCCUGGUCAAGGGAAAGCUCCAGAGGCCCCAUCAGAGGCCCUCAGAGCCUCAGGAGAGGAUUCCAAGCAAGCUAGUGGAGGGCAAGAAACAAACCUCACAGGGGCUGACGACAAGGAGCGGCCCUUCCGCUGUGCCCAGUGUGGGCGUUCUUACCGCCAUGCUGGCAGCCUGCUUAACCACCAGAAGGCCCAUACCACCGGCCUCUAUCCCUGCUCCUUGUGCCCCAAACUUCUGCCCAACCUGCUAUCUCUUAAGAACCAUGGCAGGACCCACACAGACCCCAAGCGCCACCGCUGCAACGUCUGUGGCAAGGCUUUCCGGACAGCUGCCCGGCUGGAGGGCCAUGGGAGGGUCCAUGCACCCCGAGAGGGGCCUUUCACCUGCCUCCAUUGUCCCCGUCACUUCCGCCGUCGAAUCAGCUUCUUGCAGCACCAACAGCAACAUCAGGAGGAGUGGACGGUGGCCAGCUCUGGAGCUCCAGUGGCACCAACGGCAAGCAAAGGGGACAUGUCAUUGCCGGCUCCAUCUACCCCCACAGCCCCACUCCUGGACCCUUCACCCCAGUGGCCUGCGGACCUCAGUUUCUCCCUCUGAACUUCUGAGUCUCCAAAGAUCAGAACAUUGGAGAGCGGGUGUGGGCAGGGGCGGGCUUGACCUCCAUGUUUUGCUCAGGAGUAGCUUGGGCAUCCCCAGCUCCUCUCUCUCCCAGUGAUAAGCACCCGGAUCUGGCUGCUUUCCUGAGAAGGAGUCCUUGUCGUUGAAGGAUCUUCCUCCAGCCUUUGUCACCAUGUUCUGCCAUGGUGCCAGGCCACCUUUGCCAACUAGAUUGCAACACCAGGGAAAGGCAGGUUCAGAGAGAGCCAUUGGUAGGAAUGUUGCCUGUGAAAGGGGAGCCUUUUGCUACAGUUUGUAACUUAUUUUCUAAAGUCUAUUUUGUAACAAUUUAUUUAAGUUUUAAAAAAGGAAAAUUGCUCCCCCCAAAAGAAAUUUUUAAAACAGG